AUGGAAGCUAUUGUGAAGGCAAGAAAAGAAGCCAAGGAGGUGAGGAAGAUGGCAAGGAACCAAGAUGCCGCGACCGAGGAGAGGAGGUUGGCGGCCGAGGAGAGGAGGGUGGCGGCUGAGGAGAGGAAGGUGACAUUGGAGGAGAGGAAGGUGGACAUGGAGGAGCGAUCUAGAUUGUUGGAUUGGGAGAAGCACCUGUUCUUCUUGGACACAUCUAUCCUCAAUGAGGCGCAAAAGGAGUAUGUCAAUCUUGCCCGUGAAGAAGUCUUGAUCCAAAAAAGAGCCACAAUUCGCGUCAUGGGUGGCGGUGGCCUUGGCGGCAUGGGUGGCGGUUUCCUUGGCGGCAUGGGUGGCUUCAGAGCUACCAUGGGCGACAUCGGUGCCAUGGGUGGCUUUGGAGCUACCAUGAAGACCAUGGGAGGCAUGGGUGGCUUCGGAGCACCUUCGGGCGGCAUGGCCGGCAUGAGAGGCAUGAGUUUUGCGUCUCUCAUGGGAGGCAUGGGUGCACCUCCGGGCGCCAUGGGUGGAAUGUCUUCCGGUGUGCCUCACAUAUCAUCGCAUGAAAAUGCCGUUGAAGAUCUUGCCAACACCUUCCGAGCUUCACGGGAUGAGGAUGCGGCGCGCGACAAUGAAGAGGAGGAGGAAGAAUCGUCUUCGGAGGAGUCGGAUGAAUCGGAGGAAGAUGAGGAUGAAGACGAGGACGAGGCUUGA